CCCCUCUCCUGGGCAGUUGCGACGACCCCCACUCGGGCUCAGGUCGCGCCUAGGCAAUUCCCCGCUUGCUUGCUUCCCUCCGACGAUUCUGCAGGUCGCCCUCGGGCGAGGAGCCAGCCCCGCCAUGCCGGCCGCCUCGAAGAGCCGCUCCAGCGUCCUGCCCGCCGUCCUCGGCGCCGCGGGCGCGCUGCUGCUGUGGCAGCAGGGAGCGCCGGGCGCGGUUGUGGCGCCGCAGCAGCAGUCCAGGGCGACCGGCCGCACCGCCGUGAGAGGCCGAGCUGUGCUUGCUGCAGCCCGCGGCCGUGCUUCCAGGCGUGCAGGCCUUCCUGGCGCGAGGCCCUGGGCUGCUGCAGUCCGGCGACGGGGCAAGGCCUUCACCCAGAGCCCCGAAUCAUCAGGGG